AUGCCUAGUGUGGACAUAGAUGCUACUCAAUGGCAAAAGUUGACGCAGUCACGAGAAAAGCAAGCCACAGUGAUAACACCGCUGGGGAUGAUGGUGCUGGAGAUUCAAGGUGAACUGAAGUUACCUAAGGAUUUUGCAUCGCUGGCAAAGAAAGAUUCUCAACAUGAUGGAAGAUUUAGCGAACAAGGAGGCCAAACUAUAAUACGGUUUGGGUCGCUACAGAUUGAUGGAGAAAGGGCCACAUUGUUUGUCGGGAAGAAACAGCGUUUAUUGGGGAAGGUGACAAAGCUAGAUGUACCGAUGGGUAUAAUGCAUUUCAAUUCGAAAGAUAAUAAGGUCGAAUUAGUUGAUGUAAUGAAAUAUAAAAUUACCUUUAAAGAUAGGCCUCUACCUAUUAUGUAA